GCGGAACAGGAAUCAGGCCGCAGUUUCCUGCCUGCCAUUCCCAACCCCUUCUGGAACAGUUUAGACCAAGGCCCCAAGCACAGCAUUAGACGAUGGCUAACCGCACCGCGCAGGAGCUGGCGGAGAACGUGCUGUCGCUGUACGACGUGAGCGCCAGCCGCGACGCCACCAUCGCCAAGUACUACCUGUCCGACGCCGUGUUCACGGACCCGCUCGUGUCGGUGCGCGGCGUGGACAACAUCCAGGCGCAGUUCCGCGUGCUGUCCAAGUUCGUCAAGGCGUCCAAGGCCACGCUCGUGCGCGGCUCCAUGGCGGGCGCCACGGUGCUGACGAUCGACAGCUCGCAGGUCUUCCGCCUCAAGCCCUUCCCGAGCUUCAUGAAGAUCGUGCUGCGCGUCUUCUCGGUGCUCGAGCUCAAGAACGGCCGCAUCGCGUCGCACACGGACCACUACGACUUCUACUCGGUGCUGGCCAACGUGCCGUUCGUCGCCUUCUUCUACGCGCAGUUCCGCCCCAUGUUCGGCGCCGCCAGCUCCGCCGUGAUCAAGAGACUCGUGCCGGCGCAGGCCAAGCCCGCCAUCGCGCAAGGCGGCAAGGCGGCCAGCGCGACCGCGACGGCCAACGGCAACGGCGUCGCUGCCACGGCCGUGGCCACGUAAACCCCCAAGAGGACGACGAAGAGAGAGAGGGUCGAAUCGCCCCGUUUUGACUCCGCGAGUAGUCGUCUGGCUGGCUUAAUUGUGUUUAACGGCGUGGCAGCAUACGAUGGAGAGAGGAGAGCAGACAGAGCUGCGCUAUAAUCUCACGUGACUUUUGUUUUUG